GCAAUAAAGAUAUUAGUAAGUAUAUUUUCUGUACUUAGGAUAAUACUUUUUUCGCAUAUAUAGAUAAUCCCGGUCGACAUUGGUUUGAAAAUUUUUUCAAACGAAAUUCGGAUAAAUUAAAGAUGAAAAAAGAAAUAAAAUUAGAACGAUCUCGUCGUGAUAAUUUCACAGAAGAAGUGCGUUCAAACUGGUUCAGUAAAUUAAAAGGUAUUCUUGAUUUAAAUAAUUUACAUGCUCGUCCAGCACAAAUCUGGAAUUGCGACGAGUCCGGAUUUUCUGAUGAAACUCAAUGUAAGUUUUCUUUUUUUCUUAUACUUAAAUUUCCAGCUUUUCAACAGGUGAAUAUGUAG